AUGCCCUCUAUGAUUCCGACUCCUGGCUUAGGCGCCAAUGCUCUGCUGCAGCCCAUAAUUGCAUUCCUCGGGCCUCUGGGCUCCUUUUCACAUCAGGCUGCUAUAGAGUGCUUUGGCUUAAGCAAUAACACCCUUAAAGCAGAGGUUUCUUUCAAUGAUGCAUUCUCCGCCGUCCAGUCUCAAGAGGCCGACUAUGCCAUUAUACCACUAGAGAACUCCUCAAAUGGCGCCGUUGUCCAAACUCUUGACUUGUUAGCGGAUCGUGAGAGUUUAUACCCUGAUAUUACCGUGUCUGCAGAAUAUUAUCUUAGCGUACACCACUGUCUGUUGAUGAAGAAGGCACAAGACGGCCAGGGAAACUCUUCCGAAACUACGCCAGAGGUGUCCAAGUUCUACUCUCACCCACAAGUCUGGGGACAGUGUACUAAAUUCCUCUCAGCGUACGGCGGAGUAGAGAAGCAAGAUGCAUCAUCUACCUCCAAGGCCGCUGAGAUAGUCAGCAAGGACAAUGACCCCAAAAGUGCAGCUAUUGGAAGUGAACUUGCAGGGACCAUCAGCGGACUAGAGGUUGUCAAGGCAAACAUCGAAGAUGACCCUUCCAACGCAACCAGAUUCCUUGUCUUGGAGAACCUCAGAUCAAAUCGUACUCAACCACUGAAAUCUGCUGGAGAGUCACAGGCUUGCUCAAAGCCGGGGUCAAAAUGCAAGUCACUUAUCUCCUUUAUGGUUGACCAUACGUCCCCCGGUGCAUUGGCGGAUGCGCUGCAUGUUUUCAAGAAAUAUGGCCUCGACCUGACUAGUAUCAAUUCUCGUCCGGGGGGUGUUAAGGCAUGGCAAUAUGUGUUCCUGGUGGAAUGCCAGAGGAUAUACGGCGUGCACGAUGACCAUGUUGUGGACAAAGUCAUACAUGAACUACAGAAGAUUACGCAAACGUGCAGAAACCUGGGGAGUUGGGAAGAUCAACUUAUGGAGAAGUAA